CUCCUAUUUCCAUCACUGAUUGUUUGGCUGAGGCCAGUCUGUGCAAACAUUGCACAAGCCUUCCUCCGCCCUUCAGCUCCUUUGGCAGAGCCCCCAGCUGCAGCAGAAAAAUACCCUUUCCCCUGAAAUGCCCCACCUCACUUGUUUAAACUCUCUGCCGUUUGUUGAUUCUGCUCCAUGACACGAAAAGGCCAAAAAGAAGCCCAGAGUUUCUCACUUGCUCCGAGGUGUACAUUGUAGAUCCUGCUGGUAUCAUCAUGACCCUAAAUACCUGGGUGGUAUUUUGUGCAGUGUUCCCCUUGGGAGUUUGCUGGCUGUCAAGAACCCAACGGGUAAGUUUGACCUCUGGAAAAACAGGGCUGCAAGGGAAAGAGUUCAUUUCCUCCUGCUAAAGAAAUACUUGAUGGAGUUGAUCCAGCUCUUUAAAUAAAACUGUGGGGUAGUUCAGUGGUAAACCUCCAUUAAUUUGCCCUCCUCAGCUUUGAGCCUGCUCCCUGCUCCCGCAUCUCUAUGAAUGGCACCAUCUAGUCAGCAGUUUUUGCGUGGCUAGUUUCACGCAUGGAAAGAAGCACUCCGUCAGAUACUAGGUUGAAAAAAUAUAUAAGCCCAGAUCAUUGCAGUGGGUGAAGGGGGAAGGUAUUGCUGUAGUGUUGUCUCUGAACAAGACAUUUAAAAUUUAUUUAUUAUGGCACUUGGACUUCUUUAACCAGAGACUUGUCAGAGCAGCUUACAAAGAUAAACACUAAGAUGGCCCCAGCCCUCAAGUAUCACAAUCUAAAAACACACACAGCACACAAGGAAAAAACAAGAGGGAGGGAGGAGUAGAAAGUUCAAGCACAAGUCCUUUCAACUGCAGUUUUUAUUUACAGCCAAUGUCAGCGGAGGUUCUGGCACACUCUCCAAUACUCCUCAGAUGAAAAUAGGGACAUUUCUCCCCACCUCCCAAGUGACCCUCCUCAAAUCCCCAUUCCACCACCCCCAGCAUUUCCUAUCAGAAGAAGGGUGGGUGCCACCACCACUUCACCAAUGGGACACAGCACACACACCUUCCGCCUUCCUGGAAAGAAUACAUUGAUCUUGAUUUGAUUUUAUUAUUUGGUAGAUUUACAAAAAUAAAAAUACACCAAAAAUAUCAAAGUAUUUUUUUUUUUACUUCCGGGGAGGCGCCUCCGGCAAUGGCUGGAUUCCUCUGAUCGGGAGGAAUCCGCUCCGUGGAAAUUAGGGUCUGGCCGCCACGGUGAAGGCGGAGACCCAUCAAAAACCACAGGCGGGAGAGGCUUGUGGACGUGGGAUUCGGCUGGCACCUUUUGCGCCUCCCCUACUCGCGGGGAAACCCGGUUUCGGGGAUCCGGAGCGAGGUGGGGUGAGUGGCGUGGUGCUUUGAAUCGACUGCUUUUUUCACGGAGUGAAGCCGUAUUGCUGUUGCAGGAGAGCGCUGACUUUUUUCCUGUGGACAAUUUGAUCUUAAAACAACAACCCGUGAGUAGAACGGAAAAUUGGAUUUUUAAACGUCUUAAUUUGGCACCAAAAUGGGGAGGUUUCAAACAGGAAGUCCGCCUCCCCCUUUUGUAAACAGAUUGAAGCAAAGAGGCUGCAAGCUAAAGCCUUGGAAAGUCUCUCAUAAAGGAUUAAACUUCCAUCGGUUAAAUUACCAAACCCCCCUUGGAAGAAGGAGAAGAGGGGGGAGAUUUAAGAUCGUGUAAGCCUGCAGGACAGAGUGAAGAAAGUCAAAUUACCACCGCACUGAACCUGGAAACGGGCUGCUAGCAAGCAUUGAAGUUUUGGAUAUGCUCAAUGACUGUGAACAGAUUGUCUGCUGACAGUAAGUUAAAGAAGGGAAAUAUUUUGUUUCCAUUGUCUCCUUCUGCGUUUAAAAAGGAGUAAAAGUAACUGAAAAUUGAAACAAACUUUAUUGUUUGAACUGUGCCUAAAAGGAUUGAUACAAAUAGAAAUUGUUUCCCCCUAGAGGAAACCUUUGAAAUUGUUACAAGAGCUGAGCUGGGGGAAUUUUCCACCUGCAAGAUAAAGUUGUGAGAAUCUGGGAUUGACCUUGAUACGUUAAGAAUGUUGACAGAAGAAGCCUUAGUGGUUGCAUUUUGCAAGAUUAACGACUCACUGGAACAGCUUUUCAAGAAGACGGAUGCGAGGACUAUAAAAAUUGAUAACUUGGAACAAAAAGUGACUAAUUUGGCACAAAAAGUCAAUAUUAAUACAGAAAUUAUUCAGGAAACGACACAGGGAUCUAUUUUGACAUGGCAAAUCGAGGGGAAGGCGGAGGAGAAAGUUUUCGCUGUGGAACUUAAAGUGUCACAAGUAGUGAGGCAGAGAGUUCCAGCCUUACAGUUGCAAUUUGAUGACUAUAAGUUGAUGCCUUCCAAGACUGAAUUUAGAGAAAGUCAGACUUCUAGGAUUGGAGCCCCGCUUGGACUGGAGAUUGACCUUUGGGACCUGGACUUGGGUCAGAAGGAGACUGGAGUUGUGGGGACUGCCAGACUUGGAGGAACUUUGGAACACGAUUGGAAAUAUCUUUUGAAUUUCAGUUUUAAUUAUGGAGAUUUGGUUGACUUGUCGAGAAGGAAUAAAAACAUUGCUAGAUGGGAAUUCCCUGGAGAUUUACUUUUCAGCAUCAAAGGAAGGAAAAUAAGAACAAGAUCAGGAGAAGACAAAGUAAAGAGCACGUAUAAAUAUGAAAAAGACCUGCAGAAGGGACCUGGAAAAGAGUUAAGAGCCUCGGACAGAAGAUCACCAGGUUGAUGGGCUAUUUGGAAUUGACGGAAAUGACUGGCAGAACCCGAGACCAGGGAGAAGAGAAGGUGGAAGAAUAUUGGAAAAAGUUUAAAACCUAUAUAUGGAAAUAAUGUAAAAUUAAUGAGUGUUAGAAAAAUGUUGGAAGGGAAUUAUAUGGCUUUAGUAGAAAUAUCUUAAGGAAUUAAGUAUAAAUAAGUACUAUAGUAUUAAUGGAAAAUAAGGUUAAAAUAUGUUAAGAUAAUUGCAUGACAGAAAAUAGAGUAAGAUGGAAAGGAUUUGCUGAAACAAUUAGUAGAAAUGGAAUACAAAAAGGGAGGUGAGAGGAGGUUGAUGAAACAAGGGAAUGAAAGAGAGGAUAUUGAGAUGGUACGAUGUGUGUUUCUUUUUGAAUUGUUUUUGUUUUUGUUUGGUUAAUGUGUUAAUGUUAAUGUUGCAUUCUGUAUUGUUUAUAUAUUGUAUUGUAUUGUUUUCUUUUUUUCUUUUUUUCUUUUUUCUCUCUUCUUUUCUUUCUUCUUUUCUCUUUUUUCUUUUUGUAAGGUAUAAAAGCAAUAAAUAUUAUUUUUAAAAAAAUAUCAAAGUUUUGCAAGGGAUUAUGAGGGGGGAAAACAAACCUUUUACAAGCGACACAAACUUACUUAGAAUGCUAGGGGUGCCUUUUGGGGUAAGGGUUCCACUUGGCUCCUUUUAGAGCUGGGCUAUUUUUUUGUUAAGGGUCAUGGCUAUUUAGUUUCUAUGUCAACACGGUAUCUGUAUUGACCUCUUUAGUUACACAAAGGCCUGUUCACAAAGGUAGCCGCUAAGGAGACAACUGUCAGAUAAUAUAGGGACAUGCCAAACCAGUCCCUAUCCUCUUGACAACUAUGGGUUCCAGAGUCCUGCUUUAAAAUCAUGAUCAAUCACACACAAACUAGCCACCUCUUAAGCAGCGCACACACACACACACACACACACACACACACACACCUAUCAUUCCAAAUAUAUGACUACACUUUCUUGCUUUUAAAAAUGGCCCUCAGAUACGCCCAACUUGGGAGGGUGGGUAGGGAUCGGGACCCUCUGUAUUGCAGUUUCGUCAGGCAGGCUGUCAUCUGAGGAAGUCCUCUCUGGUUUACCCCUCAUAGUCCCCAGGUUCCCUGUCUGCAUUGGAGGGGCUGCUCUAUCAUCCUACCCCACUUCUUCAGAGGGCAACCCAUCAAGCCAAGAGUCAGGUCCACACAUUCAUAGUUUCUGACUCUCUCUCUGCCCUCUUGCCCCUUGCAGACGUUUCUGGAUUCUUUGGAAACUCAUGACACUUCCUCAUAUUUUGGCACCAAUUCAGUAUUUGAAGGUAAGAAGUUAGCUACUACCCUGCUUUUGCAUUAGCAAGCCCAGUCUGGGUUCAAAUGGGUCGUCUGCUCUGCAAUUGCAGGGGGGAAGCCUUCUAUUGGCUACCAACUUUGUAACCUGGGAUUGGAGGGAGAAGGGGAUGCUGUGUGUGUGUGUGUGUAUGUGUGUGUGUGUACGUAUGAUUAUGAUUAUUAAAAUUUGUAUGCCACCCUAUACACACAGGUCUCAGGGCAGUUUACACGAUAAAAUCACAACAAAAUACACAAUCAAAAUGAAACAAAAACAACCAAAUAGCACUCCCCUCUCACAUGUACACAUUCUAAAAGAGCAUUUGAAUGUCAAUCAGCCAAAGACCUGGUUAAAGAAUCAUUGCACUUGUUUGAAUUCUUCAUCAAUAUCUAUAGUUUUUAUUAACGCCAGGUGUUUCCACUCCCAGUUUCCACAGUGCCAGAGUUCAAAGUGGUGUACCUGACUUGCUCCUGUGAAGAGGGCCAUGCUGGAUGGACAUCUUGCAAAACCCAACUUUGCUCAUUCAGAGCCUCAGGGGAAGUCUUUGCCUUCAAAUUCCCAGAGGACCAAGCCCUCUUUCCCACUUCCUUCGUGAGCAACCGAAGGCUGAGCUCAUCCAACAGUUUGCUACGCCGUUUCUGGGGCAACUGUUUUGCUGGGGGACAGGUCCUCAGUCCUCCAGGUGCAGAAGGCCGAAUGACAUAUUGUGAAGGGCAGCUGGUGAGUUUAGUCUCAGCGUGUUUUAAGAAGCAAAGAUCCCUCAUGAGGCAGGCAAAUAUCACAUUUCUGCAAGUAUCUAAAUACAUCAGCUUGAGGCCCUGUUGGUGAUGUUGCCUUUGGGGGUUACCAAGUUGGUGCUGACCUGGCACAGGGCCUUCUCAGUGGUGGUUCUCCAUUUGUGAAAAGCAUCUGGUUGAUAGAUACUGUUUCUGACAACUUUGAAAUUAUUAGCUGUGAGGAUAUGUGAUUGUUUCUAUAUCUUUUACAAAAAAAAAUAAUGUCAUUAAUUGAGAAGUAUUACUUUUUGGGGUGGAUGUGGGUGGGUUUUUGGUUUGCCAGCCUGGGCUUCUUUGACAGCAAGGGAAGAAUAUAAUUCUAAUUUAAUAAUCAUAAUCAUAUCACAUAAUUAAACUAUGGAACUCAUUCCCAGAGUAGGCAGUGAUGGCUACCAAUUUGGAUGGUUUAAAAGAGGAGUGGAGAAACUCACAGAGGAUAAGGCUUUCAGUGGCUACUAGCCAUGAUGGCUAGGCUCUGCUUCCACAGCCGAGGCAACAAUACUUCUGAAUACCAGUUGCUAGAGACUGCACCAAGGGAGAGUGUUUUUGUGCUCAGGCCUGCUUGUGAGUUUCCUGCAGGCCACUGUCAGAGGCGGGUGCUGGACUAGGUGGGCCUUUGGCCUGAUCCAAGAGAUUCUUCUUUCUUAUGUUUUUACCUCCUCCUAGCAAGGAUUUGUCAUUGUCCAUGGUGCUAAAAUUCACAUUAAGCCAGUUAGAAGACAAGACCAAGGGCUGCUAAUGGGCCCACUCCUUCCCAAACCUCACGUCAUCUUAAGGACUCAACAGAACAACAAAACAACACAGACAGGUAGGCAUUUUUGUCAGAACCUUGUCAAGAACCAGGGGGUCUGGUCUACGUGUCAGUCUAUGUUGUUCAGAGUAGGAAUGGGGAAGAAAUUCAGUAAAGUAAAGUUGAACCUACCUGUCCUCUGAAACAAUAUGCAAAUCAAAAUGCAGACACCCCCUGAAAUUCGCAAUGCAGGUCUCCAGUCAAGUAAUACUUUAAAAAUCGCAUAUAGUAUGUAUGAAAUACGUUAGCGAUAAUGACAUCCAUAGAUCUGAAGGCAGCCCUGUUUAGGGAAGCUUUUAAUAUUUGAUGAAUUAUUGUAUUUUAAUAUUUUGCUGGAAGCCUCCCAGGGUGGCUGGGGAAACCCAGCCAGAUGGGUGGGGGUAUAAAUAAUAAUAAUAAUAAUAAUAAUAAUAAUAAUAUUGAUUAUAUCAGAGAAAACUGUGUAAACAAUGUGUAUAUUAGGAGAACAAAGGAAGCAGCCUCAUAUCGGCUCUGAGCACUGGUCCAAAUAGCUCAGUGCUAUUUACUGGCUUGGACGCGGGUGGCGCUGUGGGUAAAACCUCAGCGCCUAGGGCUUGCCGAUCGCAUGGUCGGCGGUUCGAAUCCCCACGGCGGGGUGAGCUCCCGUCCUUCGGUCCCAGCUCCUGCCCACCUAGCAGUUCGAAAGCACCCCUAAGUGCAAGUAGAUAAAUAGGUACCGCUUUCUAGCGGGAAGGUAAACGGCGUUUCCGUGUGCUGCGCUGGUGCUGGCUCGCCAGAGCAGCUUCGUCACGCUGGCCACGUGACCCGGAAGUGUCUCUGGACAGCGCUGGCCCCCGGCCUCUUAAGUGAGAUGGGCGCACAACCCUAGAGUCGGACACGACUGGCCCGUACGGGCAGGGGUACCUUUACCUAUUUACUGGCUUGGCAGAAGCUCUCGAGGGAUUCAGUCUGUGUGCUAUUGCAGGGCGGAAGUUCCCGUCCCGAUACCGCAGAGGGGCUGAAGGGGACGUGAAACACUUGGAGCUUUUGGUUGUGGUGGGCCCAGAUGUCUUUCAAUUCCACAAAGAAGAUACCGAGAGGUACAUCCUCACCAACGUGAACAUUGUGAGUUGCUCUCUGGCUGUAUGCAGUUUUUUUUCCCCUCUCUCUCUCUCUCUCCCUUCUUUUCCUGAUCCUGUGGCAGUUUGUAUCUUUUAUGUGAUGGUACACUAAAAAAAUUUUUAAGGUCCUGCUGGAUAAGGCAAAAAGCCUAUCUAAGAACAGGAUUCUCACAUCCCAUGGGCCAGCCUGAUGCCCUAACAAGAAGUUUGCAAGCAGAGCAUGAACGCACUAGUAGCUAGAGCACAAAAAAUAGGUGUGACGCAAUGAUAUCUAUGCAUCAGUAACAUCUAGCAAACUCUGCCAACAUCCUGAUAGCACUGGAAGUUUGCUUCCUCUCCUCCACCCCCAGUAAAACCCCUGCUUCAUCAGACCAAAUGUUUGUUUUAUUUUAGCACUCUGUUUCACUUCCAUGGUGGCCAGCCAUGGGCUUCCAAAAAGCCAAGCCUCCUCCUUUGCUCUUCCUCCUUUCCCCCCAGCAACUGGAAUCCAGAGAUAGUCUGCCCCUGGAUCUGGAGGUUCCAUUCAGUUAAGCGUUUGUUGUGUAUUGGGUUUAACACAUUUUAUGUUACAAGGCGUGUUCUAACCAAUCAUAUAAGCGUUGGUAGACAAACGUUCUAAUGGCAAGUAAGCACAUUCACUUUCAACUGUCAACUGUCAACUGUCAACUGUCAACUGUCAACGGUCAGUUCAUGCUUGGCAUUAUUAUCGUCCAGUCAGUUUGGUUCUUGUGUUCCUAUGAGCGAGCUGUUGUCACUGACAAAUGUUGAAUAAACUUAGUUGAGGAACUUAUACUGUCUAGGGCUUCUGACUUUUUCCGAACAUUUAACAGCGUUUCUGAGACUGUUUCAGCUCUCACAUUUAUUGCAACAGAGAAUGCAAAAAACCAGUGUUUAAAAAGUGGCCCUUUCCUUCCAAAGCUUCACAGAACAAGUUGAAAUGGCAUGUUCUGCACUGUAAUUCAUCUACUGCUGUUGAUAUGAAACUCAUAGCUUUGUCUUAAACCAGGGACUUGUAUCCCUCCAUGUAAAGUUAGAUUAAAACUCCUUCCAUCUAUGACGGUUGGCUAUGCUGGCUGGGGCUGAUGGGAGCUGUAGUCCUACAACAUCUAAGAGAGCCACAUGUUCCCCACCCUUGCCUUAAGCUUUCUUUUUCUCAACAGGGAGCAGAGCUUCUUCGAGAUGCGUCACUGGGAGCACAGUUCAGGGUUCACCUAGUCCAAAUGAUUGUCCUCACUGAACCUGAGGUAUAAAUAAAUAAAGACCGUGUGGGCUCUAGGCAUGGGCGAUGUAUCGAUUAAUCACCCGAAAAUGGUUUUGAAACGUGCACCACAGUGACAAAUUCACGAUUUUAGGCAAGGCAAUAUACUGUGAAAGCCAGCAGGUGUCACCAGUGUUUCACGCAUGGCCUCCUCAGUCCUCAGCUCUCCUCAGAGAGCCAUGCAAGGCCACCUGAGGCCCACUCCCUCCCUCCCUUCCUCCCUCCCUCCCUCCCUCCACUGCCCAGCCAUCCCCUAUGAUACUGGAGUGGUCCUGGGGGCAGCAGCCAUGCCUGCACCUACCUCUUGAGCGCUGCACUGGCUCACUCACUCGCCCACCUGCCCGCUUGCCUGCCAGCGCCAUCCCUCCUCCAGCCAAACAAGUGGGCUGCUUCCUCCCUUCUGCCUCACACUUGGUGCUGGGAAGCGGAGGCAUGGCUGAGUUCUUUGAGCCCCUGAGGAGGCAGCACGCAGGGAGCAGCGGCAAGAGCAGUGCUAGCUCCUCUUCCUCGCCUCCAGACCCAGGCCUUCAUUGUGGUUUCCCCUCAAGCGGCUGCCCGCAAGAUGGAGGUUGUGGGACUGGUUGUGGCACUGGCACCAUGAGGCGCAGCAUGAAGCAGUGAGGUCUGUGGGGUAGACUAGAAGGGAACCGGUGUGUCUGCUUGGGGGCAGUGAGAGGUGUUGAGGCGAGGUGAUACUGUUGGUAUAUGCUGUCCCAUCAGUGCAGAUAGAAGCUACAAUGUGGUACAAAGGAGGAAUGGCUGUGGAGGGCGGGCUGGCUGCUCUACUGAGAUACAGUGAUACCUCGGGUUACAUAUGCUUCAGGUUACAGACUCCACUAACCCAGAAAUAGUACCUCGGGUUAAGAACUUUGCUUCAGGAUGAGAACAGAAAUUGUGCAGCAGCGGCGCAGCUACUUAACCUGAGGUACCACUGUAGUUCAAACCGCUUUGAAGUCCUCCUUCCUCUUCAUUUUCAGACAUCAUUAUAUAUCACUAUAUCACAAUGUUUGGCUGGUGAUACAUCACAGUGUUGAAAAGCAGAUAUCACCCAGCCCAUGUCAGCUCCAGGUUUUAGUUGGCCCUGGCGCAUGACACCCUCAGAUUCUAGGGACUUUUGUCAGUAGAGUGCCCUACUGGGAACCUCCUGGCCUAGUAAGCUCAUAUGGAUCUGUGUGCACUCGGUUCCAGAACCCUCCUCAUGGGCCAAGCUAGGAUCAAUAACUCGUGAACGGUAAAUGAAAUGAAUCUAACUCAUGAAUGACGUCCCUAAUUGGGUGGUUGUUGGUCAUUGGGAUGGGUAGGGGGAGGCAAGGAGCCCAAACAGUAGAUGGAGCCCCAGUCCAUGGCAAACAGAGCCAUAGCCAUUGAGAACCAGAGACAGCUAAUUCUCGUUUGUGCCCAUCCUCCUCCCUGCUGAGUUUUACAAAGGCACCCCUGAGACUAAAGUGGCUUCAGUGAACACCCUCUCUCUAGGAAGGCAUCAACAUCUCUACCAACAUCACUUCCUCAAUCAUCAGCAUUUGCAAAUGGGCUGGGAAAGUCAACCCUGAGAAUGAUUCGGAUCCUCACCAUGCAGAUCUAGUUCUGUACGUGACCAGGUAAAUUAAGCUCUCUCUCCUUUCUUUGAGUGAUGUGUAAUGGAAGGUGGACCAUAGGCCCAGUGUGUUCCAAAUUUUGCUUGCCUGAACCUCUCCUGUGAGCACAUGGUCCCUACAUGGAUGGUGUGAGAGCACCCAGUGCUGGAACUUAGCAGUUCAGUAGGUCUUGCAAUGCCCAUGGAACUGCAAAGCAGCUCUUGAUAGCCUUGUCCAGGGACAGGAAAAACUGUGGCCCUCCAGACUCUUAAGUCCCAUCAGCCCCAGCCAAUACAGCUAGUGGAAAGGGGAUAAUGGGAAUCGUAGUCCAAUAGCAUGGGGAGAGCCACUAGUUUCCUAUCUCUCCAUCUGCCUGGGCUCCUCGAGACAUAUUUACUGAGCGAUUGCCCUGAUCUGCUUGCACAAAACUUACACAGAGGUUAGACAAUGCUUGUCUUUAUUGAACAUCCAUCUUGAUUUGCUUGCAGGAAGUUUAUAUGUCUUUCCAUUAGUCAUUUCUUAACGCUGCACUUUUCAAUGUAUUCCCCCCCCCCCCCACUUUCCUAACUUCAAAAAAGUCAAACUUUGUUUAAAAGUAGAUUUGUUGUGCUAGGGCAACAGAUUUCUUUAAUCCCACUUUAAUUGUGCACACCUAAUUUUUCCAGUAUGCACUUGCACUCCCACAAAAUACAUUCUGGAGGAGCUCCCCCCCCCCCCAUUGUUCUAGUGUUCUUCCUCUUUACCUGUUUUGCUUUAGAUUUGACCUGGAAUUGCCUGAUGGAAACAAGCAAGUGCGUGGUGUCACUCAGCUGGGCGGGGCCUGUUCCAGUUCCUGGAGCUGCAUCAUCACCGAAGACACUGGAUUUGGUCUGGGAGUUACCAUUGCCCACGAGAUCGGUCACAGGUCAGUGGGCAAGGAAUUAAUCUCAUCAUUGUUAUUUAUUGAAUUUGUAUACAACCCUUCAUCCGAAGAUCACAGGGCAGUUCACAAAAUUAAAAAUACCAAAUGAAAACACAAAAUCCAUGAUCAAAAACAAAUCAAUAACCCCCCCCUUCAUAAAUGCAUUGAAAAGGUUAUAGAAUGUUUAAUCAGCCAAAGGCCUGGUUUUAGAGAAAUGUUUUUGCCUGGCGCCUAAAAAUAUGUAAUGAAGGCUGGAAGGCCUCUUGUGUUUUGAGGGAACAUACAAAGCUAAGGGCAGAUCCACAGCAUACAUUUAAAGUGCAUCUACAACACACAACUUUGCUCAAAGAAUCCUGGGAACUGUAGUUUGCUGAGGGUGCUGGGAAAUGUAGCUCUGCAAGGUCUGCUUUGUGCUUUGUAUACAGCCUCUAAUAUUUUUUCUGUGUGACUUCUGGGUGGUUUUAUUGCACUUUUCUAAUUUAAAACCAUGCUAUACAAUUCAAACAGCAAAGAAUGAACAAUUUAUUUUAAUAUAUGGUGUGAAUACAGCCAGAGUGCAUGAUCUGUCUUCAACCUGGAAAAACUGGGGGUUGGGGGGGGGAGUUACAAGCAUCUGUCUGUACCCACAUACAUAUCCAGCACUCACAUGUAUGCAUACACACAUUACAGAGAGGUUUGGGAUCUUUUGCUGGAGUUAUAACGUGUGUCCAUUUACGAAUAUGUGUUUUACCCUUAAACCUAUACCCAUAGAAGUUCUUGCACAAAGGAAUAAAGCUUGGUUUAUUAUAUGAAACGAAAGUGACAGAAUAUAUAAAUGCUACUUCAGACAGCAAAAUUACUGUUCAAGCUGCCAGCAAAUUCUAUCACACUUUGAUCUGACGAGUGAAAGAUUCCCCAACUGUUUUAAAAAACCUAGAAAAGUAAGAAUGACAAUUUUCCUAUAGAACUCACACUGAAAGUAAAGCAGAGAGCAAGGGGAGAGUACAAAGCAGGCAUGGGAGCGCUGAGUAAGUUCCUUGCUGUUGGAGCUAUGAGAGCUAUCUAACUUGAAAAUCUAGGGAAUUUUAAAUUCAUCCAAUGCCCUCCAGUGGAGAAGGGGGGUGGGGCUUGAGAUGAACAAUUCCUAAAAUUCCAGUUAUUGUGCUAUUGAUUUUAUCUCAGUUUCUUGCCUGCUUCUCACUCUCUGUGUUUUGCUUAAAACAAAAGGUUGAAAGAAUAUGUUCCAAGUGAGCAAUUAACUAAACCUGGCCAUCCGUUUUUUCUACCUGCUGCCUUAAAAUUAUCUCACCAUUAACUUGAUGCCAUUCAUUCAGGUGUUGAACAGACUUUAGUGGCAACUUGAUUCUCUUGUGCUGACCUUGGCUUUCAGAAUAUGUUUGUGAUAAGGCUGGUACCAGGGUCAACCAAGGUUCAUGCCAUGAUUUGCAGUAAUAAAUCACAGAAUUUAAGUUCAGAUUCAUCCUCUCCCCCCCCAUACCUAUUCACACUUCCUUCCUUCCUUCCUUCCUUCCUUCCUUCCUUCCUUCCUUCCUUCCUUCCUUUCCUUCCCUUUUUAUUUUCAUUGCAGCUUUGGGAUCCAGCAUGACGGAGAAGGGAACCGAUGUGCAGGCGAUGGGCACAUCAUGGGCUCUGAAGGUGGCCACAACAGUGUGGAUUUGACCUGGUCCGCCUGUAGCAGAGAGCAGUUCUUAGCCUUUGUCAGGUAAAAGGGCCAAGGGGCCCUUCGGACCAUGUCUUUUGCAACCUCCUGGGCAGUGGUGGAUCAGUGUUCCUUGAUACUGGUAGGACAGAAGGUAAGGAGCACAACAGUAGGGUGAGCCAGCCAACAUCAGGCACAGCCAACUAAUUUUUGGUUUUCCCCCACCAUCCGCCCUGCUGAGUUCUCCCACCCCCUGGAAUGGUUGUAAGUAAGAAGGCAGGCAGGCGGGAUAUGCCGGGGGGAAGGCUGAGAUUGGCAGGGCUCACCUCCUACUAGACCAUCCUUCACUUGCUCUUGGGCACACAGUUAAUGGGAACAAAACACAUACACUUUUUAUAGCUCAUUUUAACAAUGGGAUUCUGGGAUCAUAUCAGUCUAUAUACAGGGAGACCACCAGUAGCGCUGUGGUCUAAACCACUGAGCCUCUUGGGCUUGUCGAUCAGAAGGUUGGCGGUUUGAAUCUGUGUUACGGGGUGAGCUCCCGUUGCUUUGCCCCAGCUUCUGCCAACCUAGCAGUUCAAAAGCAUACCAGCGCGAGCAGAUAAAUAGGUACCACUGUGGAAGGCAAAUGGCGUUUCUGUGUGCUCUGGCACUUGUCAUGGUGUCCUGUUAUGCCAGAAGCGGUUUAGUCAUGCUGGCCACGUGACCCGGAAAGCUGUCAGUGUACAAACACUGGGUCCCUCGGCCUGAAGCGAAAUGAGUGCUGCAACCCCAUAGUCGUCUUUGACUGGACUUAACUGUCCAGGGGUCCUUUACCUAUAGACAUGGAGAAGUUACAGUGGUACCUCUGGUUACGUACUUAAUUCGUUCCGGAGGUCCGUUUUUAACCUGAAACUGUUCUUAACCUGAAGCACCACUUUAGCUAAUGGGGCCUCCCGCUGCUGCCGCGCGGCCACGCGAUUUCUGUUCUUACCCUGAAGCAAAGUUCUUAACCUGAGGUACUAUUUCUAGGUUAGCGGAGUCUGUAACCUGAAGCGUAUGUAACCUGAAGUGUAUGUAACCCAAGGUACCACUGUAUUUCAGGAUCUGUUCUCCACAGGGUGUGGGGAAAUAAAACUGGGUAAAUACCUCCUGCUAUAAGGGAAUAUUCCUUUUCCAUCCUCUUUUUAUUAUUAUUAAUAUAAUAUUAAUAUAAUCUUAUUAACUCAUCAAUAGCAAAGCCCCAGGGCAAGUUAAUGAUUCAUAUAGAAGCAGCGGCAGAGCUUCAUGCUCCGGCCGGGGGGGGGGGGCGGGGCGGAGAGCAGGCGAGGGCAGGGCUGGCACGCGUCCUGGGGGUGGGGCACACCGCCUGGAGGCGUAAGGCGCCCAGCGUGGGCGGGGGGGGGGGCAGCCGCGAUGGCACCCUGCCAGGAUCGCGCUGCCGGGGGCAGUGCACUCCCUCCGCAUUCCUCUUCCUCCGCACUCCUCUUCUUCCGCCAGUGUAUAGAAGUCAGUGGAAGCCACUGAGAGCUGAGUCAGCCUUCAACUUCAUAGCCCAACUUCCUUCAUCUGCAAAUACUAAACAGCGAUCCCUGAGAGCUCAGCCAGCUCCUAUCUGAAUAGCCCAUCCCACUUCAUCUGCAUAUUAUAAACAGCCUCACCAGGGUGACUUUGCUCAGCCCCAUAGAACUCAAUGACAGCCAGUGAGAGCUGAGGUAAGACUUAUCUGCAUAGCCCCAUCUCCUUCAUCUGAGAGUUGAGCCAUCUCCUAGCUACAUGACUCCGCUCAGAGUGGGCUCGACCAUUAAGCAGACUGAGGUAGUUGAAGCCCCCAAAGGCAAUAUCCCAGUUUGAUUUCAGCAAGAUUCAUGCAAAUUUGUGCAGAUGCAGGGACCGCUUUUCCGCCAGUGGUGGAGGUAGCAGGGCGGGCAGAGAAGCAGGUACAGCAGCAACCAGGCAACACUUUCCAUUCUGCUUCAAGCAGCAAAACGGGCCACACCACUCCUGACUCCACCUCUUCCUUCUGCAUAGCCCUGCCCUAGCAUCUGGACUAUGAUGGAUACCAUUGGUUUUUUAAAGAGAUCACUGGUGGGCUAUGCAUUUAAUAAGAGUUGGCACUCAUUGAAGCUAAUCCACAAGCAGUUUUUCUGUCUUGGUUUUUCCCCAGUACAGACCAAGCAAGCUGCACAAAUGACUUGCCAGACCUCAAGGACAAUAUCCCAGGAGGGAAGCCAGGCCUUUAUUAUGGGGUGGAUGAGCAGUGCAAAACGGCCUUUGGGGGCGGAGCUACAGCUUGCACUUUCUCCAGGCACGACAUUGUAUGUAUUACAUUUAUCUGCUGGGUCACGCUGCUUUUACAUGCAAAUAGUCAUAAUCAUAGCAUUUCCAAAUCAGUUACGUAUUACAUUUUUAUCUCAUAUUUUCUUCAAAAAGCUCAAGGUGUCAUACAUUUCACUCCUCCAUUCGCACCUGUCGCCCCCCCACCCUUAUUUUAUCCUUGCAACAGUUCUGUGGUGUAGGACAGACUGAGAGAUGGUAAGUGGCCCAAGAUCAGCCAGUGAGCUUUGUGGCUGAGAAGGGGAUUCGAACUCUGGUCUUCCAGAUCCUAAUCUGACACACCACCACACUGGCUCUCAGAUUCACUUAGCGUUUUAGCAUGUUCAAAGCAUAUCAUGUACGUUAUCUUUGUCAUAUUGGACAACACCCCAGUAAGGUAGGCCAGUGUUAUGGCAGUGUGCUGAGGCUGUGGGAGUGGUUUCCCUUACACUCCCCACUCCCAUGUUUUCCCUAAGUCAAAUAAAUAAUAACCAGUAAAGCAGCAGGUCACCUAUCAUCCUCCCCGCUUCUCCUAUUUCUAGGAUAUGUGCAAAGUUCUUUCUUGCCACACUAAUCCAUCUGACCAAUCCAGCUGCACUCGGAUCCUCAUUCCCCUCCUGGAUGGCACUGAAUGUGGAAUCAACAAGGUAAAUGGGUCUUCUGAUAUGAAACAGCAGUAGAAUGGGGAUGAGGACAUUGUGGCCCUCUAGAUGUCUAGCUCCCUGAAUGUCGGCCAGGCUGCCUUGAACUGAUGGGAGUCCCAUCAGUGUAAGGAACCUGUAGUCCUUCAGAUGUUGUGGUCAUGGGUGAUGGGAGUUGAGAGUCCAGCUACAUGCAUUUUGCUUAGCUUCUCUGUGGCCCUUCUGGGUUCACACCUCCAUGGCCUUAGUUGUGCUGCUGUCCUGGUGCUUGAUGGCCAUGCUGUUCUCACUUCCAGUGGUGCUCCAAAGGCCACUGUAGAUCUUUGGAAGAACUGAUUCCUAUUGCAGCAGUCCAUGGGAAGUGGUCUACUUGGACUGCCUUUACUGCCUGCUCCCGGAGCUGUGGUGGGGGAGUCGUGGCCAGGCGGCGACGGUGCAACAACCCCAGGUGAGUAAGUCCUUGUUAGAGCAGUGUUUUUUGGGGGGGACUGUGUUCAAAGGGAGCCAUAGAACCUGGGAGAGAGUUGGAUGCAAGGGGACUGGGGAUGGUGGGGCAAAGCUCCAUUCACCCCAGUGGGACAGCCUCUGCGGCACUUAAUUGAAACGAGAUGUGUAAAUGUCUGCUUAGUAGUGCAGUGCAUAUUCAUAGGUCCUUCCGUGACUCCUGGGCAAAGCUGCUUGAUGGCCAGGUGUGUCCCGGGUCUGUGCUGACCAGCAUCUUGUCUAUGCUCAGAGAGCAGCUUCGUUUCAGAAACUGGGAUCUGAUGGGUCACACACCAUGCAUUUAAAGCAUAUUUCACUCACCCAAUGCAAAGAAUCCCCAUGGAGCUACAAUUCCCAGCACCCUUAAGAAACUACAGUUCCCAGGAUUGGGGUCAAGACUUGCUUUAAAUGUACAGCGUGGGUGUGAUUAAGAUCCUCUCUCCUCCUGCCACACAUACAAAGGUGUCCUUUCCUUCCAGGCCUGCUUUUGGUGGACGUCAGUGUGAGGGAGAAGACUUGCAAGCAGAGAUGUGUAAUGAACAGGUAGGGAGGCAGCCAUUUUUGCUUCUGCCCUCUGUUUAGAAAGCCCUGGCAGCUUUUCCUUUUGUAAAUAGCAAGACACUCUUCAUAUGCAUAGGCUCUGUGUUGUCUUCCAUGAUUCCUUAGAUGUGGAAUGCCAGUUUCUGGAAAAUCACAGGAGGGGAGAGUGCUGUUGCACUUUGUUGUUGUUUAGUCGUGUCCGACUCUUCGUGACCCCAUGGACCAGAGCAUGCCAGGCACUCCUGUCUUGCACUGCCUCCCGCAGUUUGGUCAAACUCACGCUGGUAACUUCGAGAACACUGUUCAACUGUCUCGUCCUCUGUCGUCCCCUUCUCCUUGUGCCCUCCAUCUUUCCCAACAUCAGGGUCUUUUCCAGGGAGUCUUCUCUUCUCAUGAGGUGGCCAAAGUAUUGGAGCCUCAGCUUCAGGAUCUGUCCUUCCAGUGAGCACUCAGGGCUGAUUUUCUUAAGAAUGGAUAGGUUUGAUCUUAUUGCAGUCCAUGGGACUCUCAAGAGUCUCCUCCAGCACCAUAAUUCAAAAGCAUGAAUUCUUCAGCGGUCAGCCUUCUUUAUGGUCCAGCUCUCACUUCCAUACAUCACAACUGGGAAAACCAUGGCUUUAACUAUACGGACCUUUGUUGGCAAGGUGAUGUCUCUGCUUUUUAAGAUGCUGUCUAGGUUUGUCAUUGCUUUUCUCCCAAGAAGCAGGCGUCUUUUAAUUUCGUGACUGGUGUCAGGAGACAGAUGAGGUGAUCAGGCACUCCCAUUUCUUUAAGAACUUGCCAUAGUUUGCUAUGGUCGACACAGUCAAAGGCUGUUGCAUUUAGAUCCCACUAACGUGCUUCCCAUAGGCAUCUGGUUGGCCGCUGUGGAGAACAGGAUGCUGGACUAAAUAAGCAACUGGCCUGAUCCAGCAGGCUCUUCUUACAUUGGUGAGGAGUCUAGUUCAGCAUCCACAGACAUGGACCUCUAAUUCCUAGCCUUGUGUCAAGUUUCUAGUCCUCAAGCUGUAGAGAAAAUCUCAGGCGCACAGAAAGCUGCCUGAUACCAAGUCAGACCAUUGGUCCAGCUAACUCAUUAUUGUCCAUACACUGUUUGGAGAGUUGUUUGGUAGCAACUCUCCAGGGUUUUAGGCAAAAGCCUUCCCCAGCUCUACAUGACUGUCCACCCCUGAGCUCUUCCCAAUGGAGCAUGUAUAGAGGUUGCAAGAAUAUUAUUAUUAUUAUUAUUAUUAUUAUUAAAUAAAUAAAUAAAUAAAUAAAUAAUUAUAUAUACCCUGCCCAUCCAGCUGGGUUUCCCCAGCCACUCUGGGUUGCUUCCAACAAAAUAUUAAAAUAAAAUAUUCUAUUAAACAUUAAAUGCUUCCCUAAACAGAGAAAGAACAAGCUCCAGCUAGUUAUGUAGGGUCUUAGGGUGGAACAAGGCUGCAUAAGGGAAUUGCAUGGAUGUGGUCCCUUGCAUACGGGACGUGGGUGGCACUCCGGUGUAAACCACUGAGCUUGCCGAUCGGAAGGUCAGCGGUUCGAUUCCCCGCGACAGGGUGAGCUCCUGUUGCUCUGUCCCAGCUCCUGCCAACCUAGCAGUUUGAAAGCAUGUCAAAGUGCAAGUAGAUAAAUAGGUACCGCUCCAGCGGGAAGGUAAAUGGCGUUUCCGUGUGCUGCUCUGGUUUCACCAGAAGUGGCUUAGUCAUGCUGGCCACAUGACCCGGAAAAACUGUCUGCGGACAAAUGUCGGCUCCCUUGGCCAGUAAAGCGAGAUGAGCACCGCAACCCCAGAGUUGUUCGCGACUGGACUUAACUAUCAGGGUCCCUUGCAUAAGAGUAUUAGCAACUAGAAUUAGAAUAUGUGUGUACUUGCUUAAACUGAGGGAAUAGUUGGUGGACACAGGAAGGGUUAAAUACCCCAUCUUCCCACCUGACAAUCCAUCUCUAAAAGCACUGCCUCUCCUUUGAUGCUAUCUCCACAGAUUCGGGUUUGGGACAUGAUAUUCAUCCCUUAAAAGCCCUUGCUCGGAAUUAAGCUCCAUUUAAAUGAGCAGGACUUGCCUCCAACUCCAACUUGUGGUUAGAAGAAUGAGCCAUUUACCGUAUUUUUCGCUCUAUAACACGCACUCGACCAUAACACGCACGUAGUUUUUAGAGGAGGAAAAUCUGUAGGCAUGCCACCCGUAGGCAUUCCCUCCAUAACACGCACAGACAUUUCCCCUUACUUUUUAGGAGGAAAAAAGUGAGUGUUAUGGUGCAAAAAAUAUGGUACUUGUUCCCCCAAAGCAAAGGGCAGCCCAGCUGUUAUGGUGAUAGGAAAUGGCAUGUUUGAUCUCAGCCAUUUGAUCUGUCUCCUCUUCCACAGCCCUGCCCAACGACAACCCAGGUGGGUUUCAUGGAUGAACAAUGUGCUUUGACGGAUAUGAAGCCACUUUACCUCAGCCUUGAGUUUCCAUCCUUCUAUAAGUGGGUGUCGGCUGUUGGCUACACCAAAGGUAAUCCAAAUUUGGGAGUUUUAUGAAAAGGUGGUGGGAAAGGGAGUUCUAACAUUUUCUCAAAAACCAUUUAUGGCAAAUUCAUUGUCACACUAAAACUCUUAUGUACUUUCUACCCAUCACAGGAGACGCCAUGUGCAAACACAUGUGUAGGGCAUCUGGGAAGAAUUUCAUGGUGAGCCGAGGGGAUCGAUUCACAGAUGGAACAAGGUGUGAGCUGAGCAGCCCUGCAGGAGAGACAGCGGUUGGCCUGUGUGUGAUGGGCAGCUGCAGGGUAAGGACAAUAGCCAUGCAGAGGUGUGCCAGAGAACAUCUGGCACUUCAUUAAGGCAGGCAGGUCCUGGGGUUGUUGUUUUUUAUCCUGUGCCUUUUUCUGUCUUGCACCCAUUCUUAGUUUGUCUCCUCAGUGACUCAGCCCAGUGAAGCUUUCCCUAUACUGUAUCUCCAGGACAGGAAAAGCCUUGCUUGUGCAUUUAUGUAAUUAUUAUGAUUCAUUUGACAUUAGUUGCUCCCUGCAUAAAAAUAUGCUUUCAAAAGAUUAAGAGCUGAAGGCAUAACAUAAAAUCAGAAAACAAGGCUUUGUUAUUGAAUAUAAGAAUUUAAGAAUAGCCCUGCUGGAUUGUCCCAGUGACUCAUCCAGUCCAGCAUCUUGUUCUUUCAGAUGCCCCAGUGGGAAUCCCACGAGGAGGAACUGAGCAAUAACCCGUUAAAAGAAGCAACCUGUUAAACACACUCAGUUUAGUUUUCUUGGCUGCUGUUAAAGGCACAGGAGCAAGGUUGAAAGGAAAAGGUGGCAACCCUUAAUUAUGCCUCCCUGUAAACAGCCUUACUAGAAAAAUUAACCAAUAAACUGAAACUGACACGGGGAAAAACAGAAGAAGACACCUUUACCCCAGUAUGGCUCCCCUUUAUCACAUACACAGCCCAACAAGACAAUGACAAAAAUCCACCAACAGCCCACAAAUCAAUAUGGCUAGCCUGAUCCAAAACACACACACACCCCACUCACACAUGAAAACAAAGACCACCACAGCCAACCACAAAUGAACAACCACAUCCUAAGCCAACCCCAACCUCUCUCACCACCAAAGGAACACAAGUGAACAGCAGAGAACCUGCACAAGCAAUGCUGACACCAAACCCCACAUAUAGUAAGUGAAAUAGGAACAUGGCCACCCGACCCCACCCCCACCCAUCUUCCCCCUCCCCCUCCCCCUUUUCUUUCUAAUGUCUCAACAAAUGAAACUGAUUUGUAAAAAUGUUACAUGGAAAAAAUACGAGAGAGAGACAUUACACAUAUUCCUGUAAAUCAAGAAAAUCUUUAAUAAAAAUACAUUUUUUAAAAAAAUAUGCCUCCCUGUUUUCCCCAUCAUCCAGUUGCACAGAAGAGAAAGGGACCUUAGGAACACAGGAAGCUGCCUUAUUCCAUGUCAACCCCUUUGUCCAUCCAGCUUAGUAUUGUCUACACUGACUGGUAGCGCUCUCUAGGAUUUCAGACCAAGUUCUCCCCCAGCUUUACCUGGAAAUGCCAGAGAUUGAACCUAAGACCUUCAGCUUGCAAAGCAGAAGCUCUGCCACUGUAGUGGGUCUUCCACUGGCCACUGUGAGAACAGGACGUUGGACUAGAUAGGCCUUUCACCUGAUCCAGUAGAACUCUUCUUAUCUAGUAAACUGCAAUGGGCUGCCCAGAAUAUUCAUUUCUUGGGGGGUGGUGGCAAUGCUUAGAACACCCCCCAAAAAGACUCCCCAAAACCUGCAACUCCCCCAAUAAAUAAAAAUAUAUUUAAAAAAAAACAGGCAGGCAACUCCCCCGCAAUAGACAACACUCCCCAAAGUCCAAACAACUCAUUUUGGGGGAGGGGGAGGGAGGGGCAGAAACUAAGGGGUGAUGGACUGAGGGCCCCAUGGUGUCCAUGGGCACCAUGUUGGGGACCUUAAUCAUAUCCUAUCACUGCAUUAGGCCAGUUGUGGCUCCAUCAUUCCCUGGGCGCAACUGAAGCAGCUUGCUUUCUUUUUUGCCCAGAUGUUUGGUUGUGACGGUAGGAUGGAUUCUGUGAAGAGGAUGGAUAUGUGCCGCGUAUGUGGUGGAGACAACACUACCUGUUUUGGUGUGCAGGACUCUUACGCGGAAGGAAAAUCCAGAGGUAUAGCACUGCUCCUUCUCUUUUUCUUUUCUAAUUUUACAUUUUUAUUAUUCUUUUUCCUCCAAGAAUGGAGCACACUGUUUUCUUCAUUACAUUCAGAACAAGCCUGGAAGGUAGGUUAAGCCGAAAUAUAGUGAGUGGCUCCUGGUAGGGAUGGGGAAGAAAUCGGGUUAUCUCAAAACAAUUUGCAAACUGAAAUUUUGCUUGGAUCUAAGUUUAGUUCAGUGAUUAAAAGUAAAAAAUUUAAAACCAUUCUUUGCACUGGGACACUGAAAUCUUUUGGCAUAGCUUUGGCAUAGCUUUGAAUGUCACAUGGCUGGGGCUGUGAAAAGUCAGCAACUUCCAUCCUGAGCUGUUCUUAUCCCAACCAUCACUGUUUCCUUGCCCCUGCAGUUCGGUUUCCACCAGAUAAUAUAUUAUUUGCCUUGCUUUCUGCUAUUUCAUAUAAGUUAAAUAAUAAUUUCCAUAUAACUGCCCAGAGUGGCUGGGGAAACUCAGCCAGAUGGGAGGGGUAUAAAUAAUAAAUUAUUAUAUUAUUAUCAUAUCACAUGUAAGUUACAAAUUUAAUGCAAUGAACGACAUAAUAAUUUCCUUAUCAUUCAUUUGAAUACAAAGAAAGCACAAUUUAAACUGAGGGCGCAUGAGAGGAAGUAAUCAAUUACACAUCCUUUGAGGACUGAAAACACCACCAAUUACCAAUCGGUAUUUGCUGGAUUGAUUUACAUUCCAAACACAGGCCAAGCAAAUAAGCACCAGCAAUUUCUGCUUCUAUUUUAAAUGGAAUUUUCCACUUUGCCUGGUUGUGCCUCAAUCCCACACAUUUUUAGCUCCAGACAUCUUCUCCUGCCUCUCAUUUUUCCUUUCUUGGAUCUUCUUUGGUAUUAAUGUGCCCCGUUUCUCCCUUCUCUUUUGUCCCCCUUCCAGAGUACGUUACAUUUUUGAGGCUCCCUCCUAACACCACCAUGGUCCAUGUGGUCAACCGGAACCCACUGUUCACACAUUUGGGUGAGUUUAGUAAUGCAGCUUUUUAACAAACAAACUGAAAUCCUUUAAACAUAUAAGACAAAGCUGCAGAUAGUAAAGCUGCUUUAAGACUGCCACAACCAACCUCAAUAAUUUCUAACGCAAACCCAUACGAGAUUGCCUCGAGAAUGCAAACAUUUUGCAGGGGGAAAUCAGUCACAAACCAGAAAUAUACAUUUGCUUAAUUAAAGUAGAUUAAAGUACUCUGUCGCUCUAGCACAACAAAUUCACUUUUUAAAAGAAAAAUAUGACUUUUUGUGGUAAUGAAAGUGACGGGGAAAUGCAUUAAAAAGUGGAAUAAAUGAAUAAACACCACACAAGAAAAUCAGGAUGAAUGCUCUCAUUUGAUGUAUAAUCUCUCCGCAGACAAUUCUGAACAACAGCUCAGUUAAUAGGGUACGUUGUCUGGCCUCUGCAUAAACUUUGCCCAAGGAAAUCAGGAUGAAUGCUCAACAAACGCCUCAUUUUGUGGGAACCCCAAUAUUGAAAUGUAGCAACCACCACAGUUUCCUUUAACCAAAAGCCAAUCCAAAAACGAAUGUCUUGGGAUUGUACCUACUAAGCCAUGCUUUCGCAAAGCUCCAUUUUUAAUAUGCUUAUAUUCACAGCAAAAGCUGUACCAAUUAGAUGUGGAGAAUAGGGCUGGGCAAACAUCGCCCGAAACUGGGUUUGAAACGGGUCAUAGCGGUGACAAUUUCACAGUUUUAAGGUAGGCAAUAUACAAUGAAGCCCAGCAGGUGUCGCCAGUGUUUCACGCAUGGCCUCCUCAGUCUUCAGCUCUCCUCAGACUGGGGAGGGAGGGAGGGGGAGGUUCUUUCGCCUGACAGUGCCAUCGCUUCUCCAGCCAAGCAAGGAAGCUGCCUGCUUCCUUCUGCCUCACACUGGGUGCUGGGAAGCGAAGGCAGGGCCGUGUCCUUUGAAUCCCUGUGGUGGGAGCACGUGGGGAGCAGCGCUGGGUCCUCUUCCUCACCUCUAGGCCUUCAUGGUGGCUUGGCAGUGGCACCCGUUUCCCCUCAAUCUGCUGCCCGCAAGAUGGAGGUAGCGGGGUUGGCUGGGGCAUCGGCAAUGUCAGGUGCUCCGUGAAGUGUGGCAAGGUCCAUGGGGUAGGCUAGGAGGGAGCUGGUGCACCUGCUUCAGGGCGGUGAGAGGCGCUGAGGCGAGGCAAUGCUGUCGGUAUAUGCUAUGCCAUCAGUGCCGCAAAGGAAGAUUGACUACGGAGGGCUGGCUGGCUACUGUACUGAGCCAGUUCAAUCUGCUUUGAAGUCCUCCUUCCUCUUCAUUUUCAGGCAUCAUGAUAUAUUAUUCUACUGCGAUGUUUUGCUGGUGAUAGCAUCGCAGUGUUGAAAAGCGGGUAUCUCCCAUCCCUUGUGGAGACACAUUGCUGUUGCCUCCUUCUAGGUGUGAAGGUACAAGGGCAGUAUGUAGUGGCAGGGAAAGGCAGAAUCUCUUUCAACAUCACAUACCCCUCGGCCCUGGAAGACAAUCAGAUAGAAUACAAGGUCUUUCUCACUGUGGAGAACCUGCCAAGCUUGGAGGAGAUUCAUGUGAAUGGGCCAACGCAGGAGGACAUAGAAAUACAGGUAACACGGUACAGCCUGAUGGAGGGCUGGCAGGUCAUUUGGCCUGUGGGCCUGAGUUUUCCCACUCCCUCUUAAACCCAUUGAAAUCAGCCAAGCCGUUGAUUGAUCCCUGGAUGCCAUUCAAACCCUGGUUGCUUUUCCCUUCUAGGUUUAUAGGAAAUAUGGGAAGGAGUAUGGGGCUGCCACUAGCCCAGACAUUGCCUUCAGCUACUUCAGACCAAGUGAGAAAGAGGUACAUUCAUGGGUACCCCAGCUUGGCCCCUGCUCCGUGAGCUGUGGGGAAGGUGAGGCACAUUGUUUUCUGGCUCCACACUCAAUUGUGAAUGGGACAUUUCUGUGAUGAAGUUAUUUGAGCGCAGAGGUGGGAUUGCUCUCCAGGGUGCUGACUUAAUAAAGGUGCACUGGAGCAAGUGGAACACUGUCUCACCAACCUCUGUCUACCUUCUUACUUAAAUAUAGUCCACAGGCCCCACUUGUCAGCCUCCUCCUUAGUUGCAAGGGUUAUUGUCAUUGGCUAUGGCUCCACCUCCUAUUGGUCUUCUUGCACACCCCACCACUCCCAAUUGACACCACUGGAUGUUAUAGCCUCAGGUUUCCUGCAAGGGGUUGGAUGAGGAUGGUUGAGAAUUUCAUUUGGUACACAGUUCUAAGUGGACUAACCUGAUCCACCCUACUCAGGGCUAAAAGGCAUUAACUUUCCAGUUUUGCCACUCUCAAAUUCCUUGAAUCCAAAAAAAAAAAAAAAGAAAAAAGAAAAAGUGGCAAUAUGUGUGCUUGGGGUUGAGAUGUGCACAAAAAUGAGCUUUUUUGGAUUAAAUUUGUACAAAGAUGCAUAUUUCACGUGGCAAAGUAUGUACUGAAAAGCAAUUAGUUGUAUCCAGCUAAGUUCUACUUAGAGUAGACCCAUAGCAAAUAACUAACCUGUUAGUUGUGGCCAUCUAUUUUAAUAUUAUCUGUCUUGUCACCCAUAGCUGUUCUGUCCAAUCAGCACUGACUCCCCUCUUUCCUUCUGGCAAAUCUCGAUCUCCUUUACACUUCAUAUUUUGCAGGUGCUCUGAAGGUCAGUUACUCCUGCUUUGACAAGGCAAGGAAUGAAAUGACGGUUGACCUACAUUGUCUGAAGACCCCAAGGCCCCCUGCCAGGCAAGAGCCUUGUGCUGUGGCCCCCUGCCAGCCCCAGUGAGUAAAGGUUCUGCUAGUUCUCUUUGUGGGAAAGGAAGAGCCCAGGUGACCCAUGUUCAUCUUCAAAAGCCUCAGCAUAGCCCAUCGCUGCCAUCACUGAAAAGGCUAAAGUAGGGUAUCAGUGGUAGAACAUCUGCUUUGCAUACAGAAGGUUCCAAGUUCAAUCCUGUUAGGGCUGGGGAUGUUCCCUGCCUGAAAUCCCAAGAGAACCACUGCCAGCGUGCGCAGAGAAUAUUGAGCUAGGUGGAACAAUGGAUUGACUAGGUACAAAGCAACUUUCUAUGAAAGGGUUGUAGAUCAUGGUUUCCAUGCAGACGGUCCCAGAUUUAGUUUCCAGCAUCUUCAGGUAGAGCUGAAAAGAAUCCUCUGAAACUCCAAAGAACUGUCAGUGUAGACAGUGAGCUGGGUAACCAACAGUCUGGGUCAAUAUAAGACAGCUUCCUAUGUUAGCUUAUGUCCUAACAGUAAAUAUAGUUUAAUUUAGGAGAUGUGUACAUAUUGAAGCUAUCUCAGAAGACCAACUCUGCAUGAAUCCACUAGUCCUAAUAUUCCAGUUUGGUUGCUAGAAUUGGCUAGGCAAGUGUGGUGCAGUGGUUUUACUAGGUGGCACAGAGUCCCAGGAAGAGCAUCUUCCUUGUAUGCAGAAGGUCCCAGGUUCAACCCCCAGCAUCUUCAGCUUGGACUGGGAGAGACUCUCUGCCUGAAAUGCUGGAGAGUCACUACUGAGCUAGAUAAACCAGUGGUCUGACUCAUACAAGGCAGCUUCCAACAUUCCUUUUUAUUUCAUCCCCUGUACUCAGAACCACAAGGACUAGAAUAUUGAUUUAUUUUCAAGUAAACUGCAGCAGCUCAGCAUCUGCUUUGCUUGCAGAAGGUUCCCGGUUCAGUCCCCAAUGACAUCUCCAGGUGGGGCUGGAAGAGACCCUUCUGAAACCCUGGAGAGCCACUGCCAGUCACUGAAGACAUUACUGUGCUAUUCAAAUCAAUGUUCUGAACAGGGCUGGGCGAUAUCUGGUUUUCAACCUUGUGAUAUAUCGCCAGUUAAACAUUGGUGAUAUACCAAUACAUCCCAAUGACUGAAAUAAGGAUGAAGCUUUGUAGAGGCAUUGGUUGGCUUUCCCCACAUUGUGAUUUUUGUAUAGCGCAUAAACACGCACACAUCAUGAUUCGUGAUAUAUUGCCAGGUAAAGAAUUAUGAAACCGAUAUGAUACGGACUUCAAACCAGUUCUGGGUAUAUCGCCCACCCCUAGCUCUUACUCUGUUAUAAGGCAGCUUCCUGUGCUCCUGAUGCCACUUCCUGCAUGACUGUGGGUGGGUGUGACAGGCCCUUCCUGUUUUCUCCAAGAUGGGUAGCAGAGUACUUUGGGCCCUGCAGCGUCCCCUGUGGCAGUGGUGUGAUGGAGCGACUGGUUUACUGUGCAAAGGAAGAAAGAGGAUUGAAUGUGACCCUGCCUGAUUCAGAAUGUGUGGAUGCUCCCAAACCAUCAGCUGUCGAGUCCUGCAACACUGAGAUGUGUCUUCCAAGGUAAGUAAACAUGUAAGUCACCCAUAAGGGACAAUGGGUUGUCCAAUGUCUUGGCCUCCUGUGAUUCUGCGGAAGAGCAAGGAAGAACUGCAGAAAUGUGCAGUGAUUGGUGAAGAUGGGUGGUGGCACACACAUACACCUGGAACCAUGAGUCUUUACUUGGCUCACAAAAUUGCAUUGAGGGGUUUCCUUGAUCUCGCCCAACUACACCAGGAAAACUUUGAUCAUUUCUAAGUUAAUCCAAGGAGAACAUAGGAAGAGCCUGGCUGCUGGGUCAGACCAAAAAAUUUAGUCCAGCAUCCUGUUUUCAUAGUGGCCAACCUGAUUCCUCCAAUGGCAAGUCCGCAAGCAGGACCUGGGUUCAACAUCAACUCUCCCCUCUUGCAGAUGCAGACUGCCUCAGACAAUGAAGGGAAAACAGAACCAUUGUGGUUAGAAGCCAUUGAUAGCAUUAUAUUCCAUAAAAGAUUUGGAAAGCUUAUCCAUCUCUCCACCCACGAACACACAGUGAAUAUAGAAUCUGUUGCAGAGAAAUCCAGAAGUGGCCAAUGCCAUUCUGUAAUGGCUGUUACUUUCUAUCCAGGUGGAAGGAAUCAGAGCCAGGCCAGUGCUCUGCGAUUUGUGGCUUGGGGGUUGCCCCAGUGAAUUUGACUUGCGUUCAACUCUGGGAUGGGGUGGAAAGUACCGUGGAUGCCAGCCUGUGCCCAGCGGAUGAGAAGCCCCUGGCCUUUGUGUCUUGCAUGGUGAACAUCUGCCCUUUGGGAUGGAACACGGUACGUAGAGCAUAGGAGGAGCUCUGUUGGACUGGACUAAAGGCCAGUCUAAUUAGGGUUGCAGGGAAAGCCCAGUUUAGUUCGCGUCUGAAGAGAAAUCUACCUAAUUUGCCAUUUCAAAACAAUAUACAAACUAAAACACAGCCAUGGUUCAAAAUUUGCACUUCUCCGAGUUUGACAAUGCAGUUCUCCACGUAUACCAAAAUAUGCAUGUACUAAAGUGUGUAUAAAAAUGCAUAUAUUAGUGAAAAGAACAUACAAAGUGCAUUAUAGAAGGGAAAAUAGAAAUAUUGGGGGAGAUACAAUUGCAGUUGAAUGUAGCCACUGUAUGCUAACAGCUCAAGCCAUGUCUGAUACACUUAUUCAGCUUUUCUCUCCAUCGACUCCUGCGUAAUAAUAGCUUUUCAACUGAAAGAAACCCCAGCAUAUUUGUAACAUGAAAUGGUUUUCUAGAGGAGACUGCGUUGACAAUGUAGCCUAUUAAAAUAAGUUGGUCCAGUACAUGGGUAGGCAAACUAAGGCCUGGGGGCUGGAUCUGGCCCAGUUGCCUUCUAAAUCUGGCCCACGGAUGGUCCGGGAAUCGGCGUGUUUUUACAUGAGUAGAAUAUGUCCUUUUAUUUCAAAUGGAUCUCGGGGUUAUUUUGGGGGCAUAGGAAUUUGUUCAUUUCCCACCCCCCAAAAAAAUAGUCCGGCCCCCCCACAAAGUCUGAAGGACAGUGGACUGGCCCCCUGCUGGAAAGGUUUGCUGACCUCUGGUCAAGUAUGUAGCAUAGAUGCAUCCUCAAACUGGACACAUCAGGGCUACAUACUUCACCACCCUGGGAGCUGUAGUAUGAUGAAGCUGCUGAGAAGAUCCCUGUGCCAGAACUGGAGUCCCCUGGGUUCCCUAAAUGGGAGCCUUGACAGAUAUGUUACAUUCCACAUCCUAACUUGUUUCCCUGCCAUGAGAUAUUGUGCUCUUCUGCAGCAGGAAGAGAUGCCCCGCUCAGAGCUCUUGGUCCCGUUUUGGCCUCAUAAGACUGGAAAUCGCUCAGUGUAUGUCUGGAGCCCUUUGGCUGGAGCAUGCCCUGUCACCUGCGGGGGAGGUAAGGUGGUUUCCUAGGUGCUUCUUGUGCAUUAAUGAGCUCAUCAAAGACUAUUUUGUGUAUUAUCAUUUUCCAGAAGGGAGCUUUGUCUUGACAACACUCUUAUCCUACACUAAUUUUUUGUUUGACUUCAAAGCAUUUUCAUUCUGCUCUUCAACCAAAACAGCUUCCAGAGUGGCUUAAAUAUGAUCAAUAAAGCAAGACAAUCCCUGUCCAUAGGCUAACUGUCUAUCCUGAGUGAUGUGACAUGAAAGAAAAUAGGGAUGAGGAGGGAAGAGGAAAAAGCAAGCUCAGGGACUGGUUCUUAAUGUUAGAUGGAAUGCCUGAUGGAAUGCAAAGGCCAUGGCUAGAUGGCAGUUGAAGGCUGGAGAAGCCCAAUGGAAUUGGUCUCUCAGCAGAGCUGAUGUAGUCCCAACCCUCACUCUGCUGCAGCCUGAUGGGAUGGCUGCUGCCCAGCUGGAAUCCUAUUCGGGAAAAGGGAAUUUCCCUUAAAAAAAGGGAAACGUUGAUAGCUAUUCUCCUCUGCAGCCUGACUGGAUGGUGGCUGCUAGGUGACAGUUGAGAGAGAACCAAAAUCAAUUGGUCUUUCAGCAGAGCCAGUGGAAUAGCACUGCUUCCCUUCUGUGCUCCUGGCUUCACAGCCAGAUGGAAUGGCUGCUGCCAGGCUGAGAGCUGGAAAGAGGGAAGAUCCAGCAUCCCUGCGAGAAGGAAUUAAAAGAAAUUGGAGCUCAUCAAGUGGGCUCCUGGGGGAAAACAAGGGAGUUUUACAUAAUCCACUCUGGCCACUUCUCUUUCCAGGCUUGAUGUGGCUGAGCUAUGUCUGCCUGGUCUUUGACACCAGAGAGGAAGCAGAGGAGGAACGUUGUAACCAGGAACCAAAGCCAGCGAGUCAGCUGGAACUGUGUAACCCCACGCCAUGUCCAGCAAGGUAAAAGUGCAUAGCAUGAGCAUAAGUAUGAAUAAAUCUUGCAGAUCUAGCCUUGUAUUCCUUUCACAGGCCCUUGAGGCACAUUUGCAGCCUGGAAGAAAGAAAAAAGAAUCCACUCACUCAUGCAUUUAUAAACGAUUCCUUGCCUGAUGGUCACCUGGAGAUUAUUCCUGCUUGCCACCAGUGACUGGAUCCGUGGUUUUGUCACAAGCCCAAGGAAGUUGAUGGAAUAAGUUGAUCUGUGUCUGUCUCCUCCUUUCCUGCUCUCUCUCCAGCUGGGAAGUGAAGGAACUCGCUCCAUGCCCUGUGACCUGUGGUGGAGGAAAGAUACCCCUCUCAGUCCGCUGUGUCCGGCGAGACAAGAACACAACCCGGACUCUUCCUCACUCGAAAUGUAGCCGGAUGCACAGGCCAGCCAGCAGCAGAGAAUGUGCUAUGGAGCCAUGCCCAGCCAGGUAAGUGCCGGUCGUUUUGAGGGCAGUGGCCAAGGAGAGCCUUCUUUGUCUUUUAUGAUGAAUUCACAAUCUCUAGAGCCAGGUCUGGGAUUGGCCUGUUAACAGUGGGUGGAACUGAGGGUGGGAGUCACAUGCUGCCCCCCGGGUGCUUUUGAUUCAACAACUGCAUUCUGUUGUUUCCACCUGCCAGGUGGUCCUACAAAAUGGGCACGUGUAGCACCAGUUGUGGUAGAGGCAUGAUGCGCAAGGUCCUGUACUGUGCACGGGCAACGGGGGAGAAGGCAGAGGAAGAGAUUCUACCAGACACGGUCUGUGAGAGUUUGCCUCGCCCUGAAGAGCAGGAAGUGUGCAACCUGGAACCAUGUCCCCCAAGGUCAUUCAUUAGUUGUGCAUUCAUUUAACUGGAGUCUUUUCCUCAUCACCACAAAUAUUAUCUAUGUGUACUAUAUAUCUAGGAAAGUUGUUUUUUUUCAGUGUGUAUUUGAAUAUUGCAACCAUGACAGUUCCUGAGGUGAAGGCGCAAGUUUUUGUCUAUAUUGGAAUACAGUUGAAAGCAAUUUUGAAUUAAGAUGGUAGACUGAACCUUUCAAAUCUUCAAUGAUUUUCUUUUGUUUCUUAGAAUUCCCAAGGCAUGCCAGCUACGAGGCUGCUAGUUAUGCAUAAAUUAUAUUCAAAUGGUUCAGACUGAGACGAAGACACUAGAACAACAACAACAACAAAAUGUCAAGGGCUCUAAAACAUGCAAUAGCUCUUUACACAUAAACAGAUAACUUUAAAAAUUGCUACAUAUAAUUUUUCUUAUUACCUUGAUGUUUUAGAUUGAAUUUGAGUGUGGUGUGUAAAUUGCUCUGGGCUGUAUUUAUGAAGAGCAGUAUAGAUAGAUAUAGAUAAUCUGAUAUUCCCAAAUGUUUUGUGCAAAGUGGAAUGAUAGGAAGGCCCUGUUAAAAUCUGGGGAUGGUGCAGAGGGCAGUUGUGUGUGUUCACUUGACUCACUGAUUAGCUCUCUUCUCUCUCUCUCUCUGAGAAGGUGGAAAGUGACUAGAAUGGGUCCGUGUUCCUCCUCCUGUGGACUUGGGGUAGCCACCCAGUUGGUGACCUGCAUGCAGCUUUCUGGGGGACAAGAGAUUGAGCUGGCUAAGAGCCAGUGCCGAGAAGCAGAGAAGCCCCCCUUCAGUGUGCCUUGUGUGAUCCGGGUCUGCCCUUAUGAAUGGAGGGUCACCAAAUGGACACAGGUAAACCUUUCAGUCAGGGGUGGGGAACUAAAGCCUUGGGGUCACCUGGCCUCUCUAUCUGGCCAACAAAACUCUUCCCAGGCCACACACCCCAUCGGCCUUGCUUCAUAUCUCAAGUGCUUUAGCCUGGCAAGAAUGUGUCCCUGAAGUCUGAUAAUGCCUCUUGCUUGGAUGGAAGAUGGAGACAGGGUGGGGUGAAUCUGCAAAAUUUCCAUCCGUUGCUCUUCCUACUUAUGCCUCUGGCCCCAACAUGGAAUGUGGCCUUCAGAAGGCUGCCUAGAAGGGAAUGUGGCUCUCAGGCUAAAAAUGGUUUCCCACCCCUGGUUCAGGCUUCAAUACCAUUCAGAGAUGUAUUGGAAUUAGGACAGAGCUGGGUUGCUCUCAAGAACCCCCCUUGGCACUUGCCAAGGCCCCCUGCCCCUCUCAUUAUUUUUUACUUUGAGGAUUUGUUCUAGGGGCAUUGCCUGCUUUUUUGUCAGUUUUUGUUUUUUUGUUUAGAGAGGCGGAUUCAGUAUCACCAGCUUUUCUUCUGUGAAAUGGGCAUUUUGUGGUGCCCACCACAGUUUUCUUAGAUUUGCAGAUGUGACCUCCAGCCCAAACUGGUUGUGGGGAGCCCUGGGUUAGACUCUUCGACUAGAGCUAGAUCAGCCUAGCUUCAAAUCCCAAAUGCCACCCUUGUGGGAGUCAUUCUUUCCCAGCCCACCCUUCUCACACAAAACAGGGGAAAGCCAUCUGUACUGCCUUGUGGUCUCUGAGGAAAAGGCAGCUUAGAAGUGUCAUAAGCCAAUGAUGGGGCAGUUGGAGGUGAUGUAUAAAAGUGUUUCCUGCCCAUAUUAUUCCAGGGCUCCUCUCAUCUGAGAAUGCUUACUGUGAAUUUAAAAAUAGCUUCUGGGUUUCUCCCUCCAGUGUUCUGCCUCUUGUGGGAAUGGUAUUCAGACACGACAGGAUUUCUGCAUCAAUCCCGAAAAUGGGGCACAGGUGAACCCCACCUUUUGCAUGCACUCCCCUAAGCCUGUGAUGCUGCAAAGUUGCUCCAUCGCUCCCUGCCUUGAACAGGCCACAGCAGGUCCGGUCUCCAGGUCAGAGCUCAGGACUUUGCCGCCUCCUACGGAGCAACUGAUGGCUGCGGUGACCAUUGGCCCUGAAAAGCCACACCAUAAAGCUUUGGACCUUCCACAGCCUGAUCGACCAGCUCCUUCCAUGAAACGAUUUGAGGAUAUACUGUGGGACGCUGAUGAGUACAGUUGCGCAGCUUGUAUUUACUUACGUGUGAUUAUCACUAGACUUCGCCUUUUAACAGGGGCUGCCAACCCUUUUUAGGCCAGGAAGUACAUUUGUGAGGAAGUGCAAUUGGUGGGGCAUAUUUGAGAGACCACCUCUUUCCCUACAGACUGUCUUGGGUGUUAAUAUCAAAAGAACUUUCAAAAGUUCAGGGGUGGUGGUUGCCUGGAAGAGAACAUUCUCUGUGGCAGCCCCUAAGUUGUGGAAUUCCCUCUCCACAGAGGUCCAUCUGGCUUCUUAACUAUACAGCUUCCAGAGAAAGCUGUACAGAUGUACUUUUUUACCCUGGCCGUUGACACCUGAGUUGUGUGUAGUUUUGGACCCACAGUGUACCUAUGAUUGCUAUUUGUUUUAAGUGUUCUUAGUAAUAAAUUCCAAAUUGUUGUAACCCACCUUAGGAUCUGCAGGAGAAAGGCAGGUAAUAAUUCAAUAAUAAUAAAUUCAUAAAAUGGCUGUUGCAGUGCAUGGCAUAAUGACUUCAACGUAAGAGAAGCUGGUCCUCUGGUACUGAGCUAUGCCCUCUUAAGAACAUAAGAAGAGCCUACCAGAUCAGUCCAAGGGCCCAGCUAGUCCUCUUCUCACAAUUGCUGAUCAGAUGCACUAAUGGGAAUGGCAUUCAGAAGCAUUGCUGCCUUUCUUCCUUUGCAGGUCCCUGUGGGCAGCUGUUCCUAAAUUCCACUGGGUUCAUCAACAUGACUGGUGUGCAAGCCAGCGACUGCAUUGUUGCCAUUGGCCGCCCCUUAGGAGAGGUCCUAAGGGUCCAAGUGCUGGAGAGCUCCCUGAACUGCAGUGCAGGUGAGUGUUUGGUUCAUAGCCUUGGAGGACUUGAGAGCUGGGAAGCCACCAGUUCAAAUCUUAACUCAACCAGGAGAUGCUAGGCUAUAAUAACUUCCUCACCCUAUUCUGUGGCCUGAAUUGAGAUUACAGGUGCCUGCAUAGUUAUGUAUGUCCCCGACAGCUCAGGAUGGGAGAGAAAUCCAACUGAAUUUGCAUUGAAAGACAAACCUAUCAUAAUUCACAUUUUCUGAAACAAUGCAUGACCCGAAGCACAGCCCUCCUUCAAAAUCUGUUUUGCAGUUCUCCAGCCUCAAGUAAUGUGUGCAGGAAAACAUGCUUUUGGGUGAAGUGCACAUAUAAAUAAAUAUAGGUAUAUAUAUUAGUGAAAAUAGCAUACAAAAAUGCAUUACAUUAGGGAAAGGUGCUGUGCCAAAAUAUACAUGUAUUAAGCAAAUUGUGGAAUACUCUGCCAAUAGAGAUUCAGCAGGCGCCUUGUGCUUCAGCACCUGCUGGAAAAAUUUCUAUUCUGUCAGACUUAUCCAGACGAUUAAGAAAACAUAUUUCCAGAAUAGCUGAUUCUGAUGUUAACUUUAUUCAAGGUUUCUAUUGUAUUGUUUCAUGUAUAAUAGUUUAUUUUUAAAAAUGAAGAGUGGUUUAUAAAUAUUUUUUCAAUUAAGAUUCCAAACAAGCAUGUGCAUAUAAAGAUAAAAUAGCAGAUUAUGAGAAAUAGCAGCUAAAUGUUCAUGGUGACCUUUUUAAAAAUUACACACUGAUGCAGAAACGCAGUGAACACAAAACUGGAAAAAUUAGGAACUGAGAGGAACCAAAAUGGACAGAAUUAAUUGCCCUUCCCUACUAUCAGCAGGCAAUUUCAUUUUUUUUAUAAAAUGGUUGUGGAUGAUCAGUCUGACAUGUUCCCCAGCAUCCCUUGUCUUUUGCUCCAGGUGACGUGAUGUUGUUUUCUACACGGAUGAUGUGGCGGACAGGCUGUAAGAAGCUGGUGCAUUCCACCAUAAACACCAGGACCAACACGCUGGUGGUGAGACAGCGCCGCCUGGGUCCUGGGAAUGGAGUUUCCCUUUGGUACAGCAGCAAAGUGGCAGCUAAGAAAUACCAUCAAGGUAGGUUUGGUUGCUGCCAUACUGAGCUGGCUCCACUGGAAGUGAAAAAGAGAGAUCUAAGAAGGGCUUAAGGGUGGCACUGUGGGUUAAACCACAGAGCCUAGGGCGUGCCAAUUAGAAGGUCGGCGGUUCGAAUCCCCGCGACGGAGUGAGCUCUCGUUGCUCGGUCCCAGCUCCUGCCAACCUAGCAGUUUGAAAGCACAUCAAAGUGCAAAUAGAUAAAUAGGUACCGCUCCAGCAGGAAGGUAAACGGGGUUUACAUGCGCUGCUCUGGUUCGCCAGAAGCGGCUUAAUCAUGCUGGCCACAUGACCCGGAAGCUGUCUGUGGACAAACACUGCCUCCCUCGGCCAAUAAAGCAAGAUGAGUGCCGCAACCCCAGAGUCAGUUACGACUGGAUCCAAUAGUCAGGGAUCCCUUUACCUUUUUAAGAAGGGCUUAGGGUUCCAUGAGAGACAUGAGGUCUGUGGCUGGAUCCUCUGGUGUCUUUUUCAGAGUGUAAAAAUAGGUUGGUGCACGGGCCACCCAGGCCAGGCACUUGUGUUAGGGGUCGGGUGCACCACUGGGCGGUGCACUCACCCAUGGGAGCCUACCACUUCCUUUGCUUUUAACGGUUUGUUCUUUAAAUGCAACUACAGUCUGUUUUCACUGCUACUUUGUCUCUGCCUUGCUCUGAGGAAGGGAAAGCGGGUCCUUUCACAGAGUGAGGCAUUUGGGGAGGGAUAGUCUAGGACAACAGGGACGCAGGUGGCGCUGUGGGUAAAACCUCAGUGCCUAGGACUUGCCGAUCGUAUGGUCGGCGGUUCAAAUCCCCACGGCGGGGUGAGCUCCCGUCUUUUGGUCCCAGCUCCUGCCCACCUAGCAGUUCGAAAGCACCCCUAAGUGCAAGUGGAUAAAUUGGUACUGCUUUAUAGCGGGAAGGUAAACGGUGUUUCCGUGUGCUGUGCUGGUGCUGGCUCGCCAGAGCAGCUUCGUCACGCUGGCCACGUGACCUGGAAGUGUCUCCGGACAGCGCCGGCCCCCGGCCUCUUAAGUGAGAUGGGCACACAACCCUUGAGUCGGACACGACUGACCCGUACGGGUAGGGGUACCUUUACCUUUACCUUUAGUCUAGGACAUGGGUAGGCAAACUAAAGCCCGGGGGCCGGAUCUGGCCCAAUCGCCUUCUAAAUCUGGCCCACGGACGGUCUAGGAAUCAGUGUGUUUUUACAUGAGUAAAAUGUGUCCUUUUAUUUAAAAUGCAUCUCUGGGUUAUUUGUGGGGCAUAGGAAUUCAUUCAUUUAUUCCCCCCCCCCACCCAAAAUAUAGUCCGGCCCCCCACAAGGUCUGAGGGACAGUGGGCCGGCCCCCUGCUGAAAAAGUCUGCUGACCCCUGGUCUAGGAGAGUUCCUGGAUUGCUUUCAUUUUUCCAGGGCAGCUAGGCAUUCUCUUUCAAAAACAUUUUAAAAGUUUUAAAACACAAGUAAAACUCUACCACAAAUCCCUUGACUCAUUGCUCUCUUCUGCAUUGAUUUCCUUAACCACAGAUUGCGAUGUGCAGUUGUUCGGUCCCAGUGGGAGAAUAGUGACCCCUAUGCCUUUGGCAGGCUGGGAACAACAAGGGGCUUGCAGGACAUUUGUUGAUGUGGCUCCAAGGCAUCGCAUUGCCAUUCACGCUGCGUAUGUGGACCCAACAGCUGACUCCAACCAAACACACUCCAGUUACAUCUCGGUGAGAAAACUGCACAGAGUAAGGGUCCAGGUGCCACACGCUAGGAGAAUAAAAGCAAAACAUUAAUCAGAUGCAAGGGUGGGGAACCUGAUCAGCACUCAAUUUACAGCGGUGUGGGUGGUUCCUUCUGCACAGGGCGCUGAGUCAAGGGGAUGCAAAACAACCACCACCUAUAUUCAUAUGGGUAUCUACUGAGAAGAUCCACUGUACCAAAAGGAAUUAUUGUGAAAAUAAAAAAUAUGGGAGGUGGGAAGGGCAAGCCAGAUUUUGUUCUCACUCAGGGCGACAUAUUACCAAAGUCCGCCACUGACCUAUUGGCUGCAUUCCUUCCUGGACAACUUUCUGGGAGCCAUUUACCCAUGGUGAGCAGAGCCAGAGGUAAAAGUGUGUGGAGCAAUGAAUGCAAAUGUUAUCUUUGUACAGGAGGCUAUUUUCUAACAUGCAAUCAGAUUUUGUUGUUGCCUUCUGCUUUUUCUUUCUCCCCCCAUCUCUGCUCCUUUUCCAUCAAAAUGCUGCUUCUACCCUGGACAUUUAUGGUGGAAUAGCCACUCUUGGGAGUCCAGAGUCCAUACUAGGCUUGGGUUGUUGUUGUUUUUUCUUUCUGAAAUCAUGUAACUUUCCUCACCACAAAUAUUCUGGUUUAUUUUUUAUCCCACAUUUGUUGCCCUGUAGCAGAAGAGUUACCCUUCCAGGUAGUAAUAGUGUGGUUCCAUUUUGGGGAAGCAUUGCAGAACAACCAAUAAAGCAGAAGAAUGUGUGAACAGUCCAGGAUAAACCCACCACCAAUGCAACAAAUGUAGGACAAAAUAAAUAAAUAAACCAGAACGUUUGUGGUGUGAAAAGUUACAUGAUUUCAGCAGGAAUUUUAUGGGACAUGUGCUGACUGGAAAUGGAGCAGUAAGUCCACCUCGAAACAUCUGCAGGUGCAAAAGUGUGGUUGUGUAUAACCCUCCCGAUACCAUCAUAAGCACAAAUCAAAAUGAAUGUAGCCAUUGUGAACAUAAGAACAUAAAGAAAGCCUGCUGUAUCAAGCCAAUGGCCCACCUAGUCCAGCAUCCUGUUCUCACAGUGACCAACCAGGUGUCUGUGGAAACCCAAAAACAGAACCCGAGCACAAAAGCACUCUUCCCUCCUGUGGUUUCCAGCAAAUGAUGGUUUCCAACUGUGGAGGCAGAGCAUAGGCAACAUGGCUAGUAGCCAUUGAUAGCCCUCUCUUCCAUGAAUCAUAGAAUCAUAGAGUUGGAAAAGACCACAAGGGCCAUCGAGUCCAACCCCCUGCCAAGCAGGAAACACCAUCAGAGCACUCCUGACAUAUGGUUGUCAAGCCUCUGCUUAAAGACCUCCAAAGAAGGAGACUCCACCACACUCCUUGAAUUUGUCUAUUCCUCUUCUAAAGCCGCUCAAGUUGAUGGCCAUCACUGCCUACUGCCUACUGUGGGAGUGAGUUCCAUGGUUUAACUCUGCACUACAAAGUAUAGUUUAACUGUUGUGGAUGUCACGUUUCUGGGUCUUUGGCUGACCUGACCUUCCAUUCUUUAGAUCCGAGAUGUCAAUGCCAUGAAGACCGCAGUUUUCCAUGGAAACCAGCCAUUCUACUGGGAGUCAGUUGGGAGCAGGGCCGAAAUUGAAUUCAGCAAAAAUUUUGCCAGCGUCGGUUUCCAAGCAGAAUACUGGGUAAUUUUGCCCAAAUAAACACAGCCUCAAGUUGUUUCAAGGGCAGCUGUUCAUCCAAGGGUUAUAUAGCCAGGGGGAGUUAGUAAACACAGUUUGUCUUGUAAGAGGGAUGAAAAGUGAGAUCCACUGAAAAACUCUUAGAGUUUGCAUUAGCCCUUCUCUUUUUUUGCACCUGUUCCCAUUCCUGUGGAAGGGAGGGGCUUCUCAUGCCUGAACUCACCCUGGCUCUGCCACCUUCUCAGGUGGGGAUCUCCACCGAUUCAAUUAUUUUUCCUUCAAAUGCUGCUGCUGUUGUUUUUGAGCAGGGUUAGUCCUGCUCUCGUGUGCUAAAGUCAACAUACACAUAGUUCUCGGAGAUCUGCCAAUAAAGUCUUUAUAUCGGUGUGAACCUGAAAAGUUAUUAGCCUGAAAUUAAAAAUCCCUGCACCUGUGUACUGUAUAAUGUAAGCCUGAGUUGGCCAAUCUCUGCUGUCCUCUACCUGGAAAUUAUUAUUCCAAAUGCCUCAGAUUUUUAGGUGAGGUGUUUUAAUAUAUACAGUAUAUU